AGGAACAUGACGUUGUUGGAGAGUCACACGUAAACAUUACACAGGGGACAAGAACCUCCCAACGUGCGUGCUACACAAUAUAUCACAAUGAAUACGUACGUCAAGAUCUUCAUGGUGGCAUCCGUGUGCGUGGCCCUGGCUGGUGUGGUCAUACAGGAGGUCAUAGAGAGGCACAAAGCUGAAAUAACAAAGAUACUCAACGAAAACCCGAGUCUGAAAGUCGCUUCACAGACAGCUCAUGAACUCUUCCCGGUUUUCAAGUUUCUCCGUCCCGUCUUCACAUACUUUCCUUCCCUGCGUAAAGUGUUAUCAUUCCUACUACCUCCACCUGAGUCUACGCCCACCACGGCCAGUACCUUGCCCCCAGCCACUCCCGCCACGCCCACCAACACCAAGAAGGCGAAGGAAAGGCUUUUCACGCCCCAACAACUCAAGGCGUAUGACGGGAAGGACGCCAGCAAGGGGCCCUACCUCGCCAUCCUAGGCCGCGUGUACAAUGUGAGGAAGGGCAAGAAGCACUAUGGGCCAGGAGGAGGCUACGAGUUCUUCUCAGGCCGAGAUGCAAGCCGGGCAUAUGUCAGUGGGGACUUCACAGAGGCUGGCCUAAUUGAUGAUGUGUCAGGACUGUCCAGCACUGAUUACAUUGGUCUUGAUGAGUGGGUCAAGUUCUACGAUACAGACUACAAAUAUGUAGGAAAGCUGAUUGGUCGAUACUAUGAUGAAAAUGGGGAACCAACACCUUACUAUUAUGAUACACAGAGAUGGAUCUCUCAAGCAUUUACUGAGAAGGAAAAUGAUAACCAGGAGAAAAAAAUGUUCCCUCCGUGUAAUUCAGAGUGGAAUCCUGAAACUGGAUCAAGACUGUGGUGCACCAAAAGAAGUGGCGGCAUUGAGCGGGACUGGGUUGGAGUGCCCAGGAAGCUGUUCAUGCCAGGCCAGAGCAAAUCAAGGUGUGCCUGUGUGAAGAAUUUUGGUGCUCCUUCCCGUGACCCAAAGAGGAUCAACCAUGACAGAGGGGAUCUAGACCAUCCAAACUUACAAGAAUACCCAAAGUGUGAGCCUGACCAACCUGAGUGUUAUGUGAAGCUUGACUAGACUUGCUGCAGAAUGAAGUCAACCAGAAUCCAAUAUACAUUACAAAAUCAUAGACUACAAUAGGAAAGAAGAUAAAGAAGUCUGCAGGAUCAAGAUGAGGAGACAGAGGAAAUUGAAAAGUUUCUAGCAACUGUCUCAUAUAACAAACUGUCCUUUAGAGAAGACAUUUGCCACUUAGUAUGCUACCUAGAAGUUUUAAGUUGACUCAGGACAAAACUGCUCAAAUAACUGGAGAUUGAUUUUGUAGUGGAUGCAGGUCAUACCAGACAGUUGUACACUUGGUGAUGUUUUCUGUUUCCAAGGACUGUAUUCACAAACAUUUCAGUGUCUUACUUCAGCUAUUUGCACCAGGAUCUUGUAAAAGUUAUUUGGGUUUUCAAGAAUGUUUUCAUGAUUCUGGUGGUAGUUCGGUGAAGAUUCUGCAUCAUUAAGGGAGGAAGUAUCGUAAUAAUCCCACUAAUCACCUCUGUGGACUUUAAAAGUAGGUCAAAGCCUUUAAGGAUAUGAGCCUGAGUUACACAUUCCUUCUUAUUUCUUGAACAUAUGAAACUCUGAGAAAUUAAUCUAUUAUGAAUAAGGGAGGUGGACAUGACAGGUUUGAACUCUGAUCUGACAAGCUGACUGGACCAUAAGGUAUACCUCACGGCCAGUUCUAAAUUGUCUCAUGUUUCUGUGUCCUGCCACUUGACACCAGCACCCAACAGCAGACCAUCCAUGUAAGGCCCCUUAUUCUUAAAAAAACAUUUCUGUGCUGGAUCUUCACUACUUUAAAAUUUUAAUUUACACAGGUUGUCAAGGGUGUUUCUAUGAUUUUAGUGAUAGGUUAGCAAGAUUUGUACACUAUUAACAGGAAAAACAUUCAUGAGAACCUGGCUGAUCAUCUCUGGCCUUUGAAAACAGUUGUGGUGAGAGAGCAAAACAUUUCAAAAUAUGGACCUAGACUAUGCUUGAGUGUCUUGUAAGAAAAAACUGAACUGCUUAUUGAAUUAAAAUGGUAGAAGCAAAAAUGCUUAAUAAGAUGAAUCAAAUAAUGAAGGCUUGUGUUUCUUCAGGAGAUGCUUUUAACUAAGGCUCAUACAUUCUUAAAUGUUUUUUACAUUUUCAACAAACUCUAGUGGAUGUUAUUGAGGUUUUCAAGAGUGUUUUCAUAAUUAUAAUGGUUGUGUAGCAGAGUCUGCACCACCAUUAAAAAAACAAGAGAUCACUGUGGCCUUUGAAAACAGUCCUAGCGAAAGCUCAAGAUGCUUAAGAAUACAAGCCUAAGUAACACCAAUAAGAACUUCUGAAUUGGUAAUACAGAAUGUUUGGGGAACGCAGUUAUCCACGUUAUUCCUCAUUCAGUCGUCGACACGUCUUAGAACCUCUUAUUAGAGGAAACAAGAAACUGAGUAUAGUUAUCAUCCAUCCCCAAACCCUAGACUGAAGGGUUACUUCUUGGCUGUAAAUAAACGAAUGCUGUAGGAAUGACACUUGGACACUUGGCACAAGUAUUUAAUAAAAAGUACUCAUAGCCAGUUGCCAUAGUGAGUGUCUGAGGUAAAAUAAUUGUGUAGUAGUGCAUGUCCAGGAUACAAUGUGAUGCACAGCAAUAAUAUCUUGAGCUUUCUUUUUUUUAAGUGCAUCAUGUGUGCCACCAGUUACAGCAAAUGUUCUCAUGAAUUAACCUUGCAUGGUCACAAACAUGGAAAAUGAGCAGUUAUGAAUCUCCUUAUACAUGCAUGAAAUAUAAUGGUGCCUUUGUAGUGAUUCUCUCUCUCUCUCUCUCUCUCUCUCUCUCUCUCUCUCUCUCUCUCUCUCUCUCUCUCUCUCUCUCUCUCUCUCUCUCUCUCUCUCUCUCUCUCUCUCUCUCUCUCUCUCUCUCUCUCUCUCUCUCUCUCUCUCUCUCUCUCUCUCUCUCUGAAACUUGUAUAUUUAAACAAAUUCACAUGAAUUAGAUUUCUCAUUAUUUUUCUAGAAGUGUAGCAUUUAUUCUCAAAUAUUGUUUCAUAUCAUAUUUCACAUCAUAUAGAAGUACAGCCAUGUAGUGUUCUUGUCCUUUUCAUAAUGAAGUAAUUGCAUCUGAAUUUUCACAAUAGCUAUCAAUUUGACCAUAACAAAAUCAUGUUGUUUGUAUUAUCUUCAUUAUUAUAGUAUAAACUGAUAUUUUGAUAAUCAGUUUCAAGGUGUGUUGUUCUCCUUUGUUAACUAUUCUAUGUGCACAUUUUAAUAAGCUUACAUUGAAGGAGAUCAGAUAUGAAUUAAAAGACAAAUAAAUUAAUCUGUCAUUGAGCAACAGACUGUUUUUUGUUGUAUUUCUUGUCAACCUCACUUUAGGCUUGCUAGGUAACAGAUCAAAAGCUGGACUGUCCAUAGAUACGCCUGUAACAUUUACCAUCACAUAACUUAAGACUGAUGACUAUACUGUAAUAAAAUUCACUUUUUAA